AUGUCCAGCAAAACAGCUCAAAAUGAAGAAGAUCCAUUCGAGAUGUACGAUCUCGACUCCGGGCGGAAACUGCUGCACGAGUACAGCGGAAUUCCCAACGAAGAUGUCAAGAAUCAUGUUGAGUUAAUUCAAACAAAGGCUCUACAAGUGCGACCUUAUCCAUGCAUCAGACGGUACCGCUUCUUGGACCUAAUCAUGAAGACUACGGAUGUGUAUCUAGAAGUCUUGGAUCGAGUAAAAAAUGGCGAAAAAUUCAUGGAUUUAGGCUGCUGCUUUGGUCAAGAGAUUCGUCAACUUGUCCACGACGGCGCGCCUUCUGUCAAUACAUACGGCUCCGACCUUUGGGGCGACUUUCUGUCCAUCGGCUACGAACUAUUUAAAGACAAAGAUCGGCUGCAAACUACAUUUAUAGCGGCUGACGUCUUUGACGAUUCUUCUCCACUUGUAGAGCUGGCUGGAAAGAUGAACAUCAUCUACGUUGGGGAUUUUUUCCAUCUUUUUAGUCUUGAAGAGCAGGAGAAAGCGGCAAUGAGAGUCGCUCAGUUACUGGCUGCACAGCCUGGUUCUCUAAUCAUUGGGAGGCAAUCAGGCAGCGAGACUGCGGGGAAAUUCUCGCGGGCUGGUGAUACAAGCGGGAGGAAGCAUUUUCAGCAUAAUCCUCAGAGCUGGAAAGAGUUGUGGGAACGUAUUGGCGAAAAAAAUGGAACUGCAUGGACGGCUGAAGUGGAUUUAUGCCCCGAGUUCAAGUUCAAGUCCGUACCGGAAGAGAAGUCGAGCGAGGUUCAGCGUCUGAUGAGUGUCAAGGGACUGAGGUAUACAAUCAGGCGGUUGUAA